AUGAUGGUUGAAGAGGAUGGUACUGGAGACAUGAUAGCUUCGGUUGAGCCAAGUGUGGUUUCCGAGGCCGUGGCAGCCGAGGCGGUGACGCCCGGUUAUCUGGUAACACUGUCGGCACAUAGGGCUGGACUUUGGGUGCUUGUGGCCCGGGCCGCGACUCUGUGGAUACUCCGCAAUGCGCGACAUCCUCUGUCGGCUCAAUCCGACAAGUGUCGAUGGUGGAGGAGUUGGUUGGCAACAUGCAGUCCACCAUGUCCUCAUGACGGAAGGCAGGAUACGCUUCACGAUUGCACACAGUUGUCCCCGGUGGUCGGCACUUUCUCAGACGUCGUGGCUUGUGGGCGGUGUAUCAACAUCCUGUCGGUUGCAGACAGUUGGGCCAGCCAGUCCUUCACAGGUGGUUUGAAGAGAAGCUGA